AGAUAAGCGGAUCUUUCGACUCCCAGUGUUCACAGAGGAGUUCUGUCAAGCCUUUAUUGAGGAGCUGGAGAACUUUGAGCAGUCAGACAUGCCUAAAGGCCGGCCCAACAGCAUGAAUAACUAUGGGGUUUUACUCAAUGAGCUGGGGAUGGAUGAAAAUUUCAUCACCCCCCUGCGUGAAAAAUAUCUGCGUCCCAUCACAGCCCUGCUUUAUCCUGACCUGGGGGGUGCCUGCCUGGACAGCCAUAAGGCAUUUGUUGUCAAGUACUCACUGCACGAAGAUCUGGAUCUGAGCUCUCAUUAUGACAAUGCAGAAGUCACCCUAAACGUUUCACUGGGAAAAGACUUCACAGAAGGCAAUUUGUACUUUGGGGAUUUCAGACAGGAUCCUUCCCCUGUGCCAAACUACAUAGAGGUGGAACACGUAGGAACCCACGGGCUGUUGCACCGAGGAGGGCAGAUCCACGGGGCGCUUCCCAUCGCCUCGGGGGAACGCUGGAACCUCAUCAUUUGGAUGAGAUCAUCAGCCAUCCGCAACCAGCUGUGUCCCAUGUGCAACCAGAAACCCCAGCUGGUGGAGGCAGAGGGGUUUGGAGACGGGUUCACAGAAACCUGUGAAGAAGACGUGCCUGAGACCGUGGAUCUCUGCUCGGUGUGGUAGCAGGUGGGGCAUGCCUUCUGCAGAACAGAUUGCCUCCAGCUGCUUUCUGCCUUCUCGGACCGUGCUGACAGCCUCGGGAGGACGCUGAGUCAUUUAAGAGGGAGCUGUCACCGUGCAAGGUGGCACCAAACCGGUCCUGCUGGGAAGUCAGCUGCUCCCACUGCUGCUGCGAUGGCUGGCGAGGGCACGCAGCCACAUCGGAGUGCUGGAGGAGCGCGGAGACGUGCAAAGCCCCAGCACUGACUCACUGCAAGGACUGCCGAUACGUUCAGGUGUGCAGCACAGACCUCGACGCUGCUUUUCAUCUGCGGAGACGCGUGUGCCGGCGGGCGGUGCGCUCCGCGUGUACGUGGGAAAGAGCAGUGCAAUAAACGCCCACGUGCA